AUGGAUUGUGGCAUGUGGUGUGUGUUCAGCGAGAGACGGCGACAUGUCGAGAGACUCUGGCGACGACGUCUCCUUGUCACUUCAGAUGAGCGGAGAGCCAGGAGGAGGUUUCUUCGGUUGAUGCGUGGUUUCGAUGCAGAAGAUGUGGAGGUGAUACGAAAAGCAGUGGAAAGUGAUGGUGUCGAUUCGAAAGCAUGCGCUCCAGGACCUCCGAUGGAUGAAAGGGUGGAAGAAGAUCCUCCGGAUGAAGAUUCUGGUCUGAUACCCCAAAUCGACCGACCGAUGAGUAUGCCGUAUUUAUGUUGUAAACUUUGGAGAUGGAAAGAUUUACAAGUGGAUGCAGCCCUCCAUCGAUUAGAAGCACUUCCAUGGUGUCGAUUUGGAAGGGUCACCAUUAAUAAUGCCACGGUAUCAUGUUGUAACCCGUAUCACUAUGCAUUAUGGAUCCGUCCCGAAACAAAUGGAGGUGAUGAUGAUGGAUCUGAAGACAAGAACUCUUCUGUCCAUCAAAACAAUCAUAGAUCUUCACUUAUUGGAAACGGACACAUCACUUAUCGACAUCGAGAUCACACCCACGAUGCAGAAAUCUCAAAACUACCGAAAAUUCUGGCGGGUGAAUUACCGGAUCGACCUCCACCGUCAGUUCCAACGGCAACUCCCCCGAUACCAGAUGAUUCUCCUCCAUGUACUUCAAGGAGUUCACAGGAUCCGGAUGAUUUGAUACAUUAUCAUCAUCACGAGUCUAAUCGAUCAUGGGCAAAAAUGACGAGGUAUGAACGAAAAGAACAAAUCGGUGAUACAGUAUGGCUGCAUGGUGCAUUUGCAGCUGUUGGAGUUUUAUCAAAAUCAGUACAUGACGCCCAAUUGGAAUGUAGUCCUUGGGAUUUAAAGAACGAAGUUUCAUUUGCAUUAAUACGACAAGCAGAUCCGAUUGGUUCAACCAAUCCCGAGGAUGUUUGGUUAUAUAAUAGUGGAACACGACCGUUAUUUCUAUCAAUGACUCCAAAUGUAUCAUCAACAAAAGAUACUCUUCGAAGAUUAUCACCUGGAUACUGUAUACGAGUACAUCGAGGAGAAGUAUCUGCAUCAGCACCCGCAAGUGAACGGACUAAAGUGCGAAGGCCCAGCAAGGACCCCGCACUGGCUCAACAAAACCUGGUAAUAUCAGUUGGAAAAGGAUGGGGACCCAAUUAUUCCCGUCUCUAUCUAACCGAUAUCCCAUGCCGUUACGAAGUGUCUUUCGCCUAG